UGUUUAUGUCACCAGUCGUGAACCGUGCACCAUGAAACUCGAACAAAUUAAAAAUAUUUCCUCUCUUCUCAAUUUGCGCCCUAACCAGAAGGUACUAGGGUACAAAAUCAAACCCUUGACGGCACCUGGGGAAAAUUAUGGCAGCUUGAUGCUAAACGCACAGAUUUCUCUAGAAAGUGACGAACUUAACGUCGUCAUUAAAAUGGUACCACCUAGUGAGUUCCUGCGAGAGCUUUUCAACAUCCAAGUUACUUUUCGGAAUGAAGUGGCCUUCUACAAGAACAUAGUACCGCUUUUGCAAAACUUCCAAAGAGAGCAUGGAGUCGAAAACGUGAUUGAUUUCUUCCCGGAGUACUACGGAAGCAGAUUGAAUCUUAUUGGCGAUGAGAAGGUGGAUUUAGAUGCAGCUCUAGUACUUGAGAAUUUGAAGAUCAAGAAUUAUAUUACAAUGGAAAGGACGGAAGGGUUAGGUUUAGAUGUAGCGAAACUAAUCAUCAAAGAUCUGGCAUAUUUCCACGCCGUGCCUUUAGCCCUCAGGCUACAAAAACCUGACGUUUUUGACAAAGAAAUCAAGCCAUAUUUGUCCACGUGGUUGCCUUUGGAAGACGGCCACAGUAAUAUGAAGGCACAACUCGAUAUAAUAAUCAAUCAAGUAGAGGAAGUUAGUAAGUUUAGAGAUAGGAUACUCAAAGGUUUCGAUAUGGAGAUGGUACCACACGAUCCGGGUGACCUUUUCGCGACUUUAACCCAUAACGACUGUUGGACCAACAACAAUAUGAUCAAGUUCGAAGGGAACAAGCCCGUCAAGAACAAAUUGGUUGACUACCAAGUGUGCGACUACGGAUCACCUGCCAGAGACGUAGUUUUCUUUAUAUUUUCCAGCGUGAAGAGUGAUAUUAUUGAAAAGUACUACGACAGUCUUGUUUUGUUGUAUCAUGACACUUUUAUAUCAGUCUUGACCGAGCUUUGUUGUGACAUAGAGCCGUUUACACUCACAGCUUUAAAGAAAGAGCUGGAUUUUGAAGCCCGAAAUUCUGAGUUUGCGCAUGUCAUGUUUAUGCUUUUUGUGAUGUUUGCGCCUAAACAGAGUGCGAAGGAGAUGUCUGAAGUUACCCCUGAGAGUAUGGUUGCGUCGGAAAUUACUGAUUUGUUUAAGCAAAGGUUGAUUUUUGUUGUGAACGAAUUUGUGAAAAGGGACUGGAUUUAGAGUGGUAUUAAAGGAUGUAAUAAUCUUAUAUUGUCA